UUUCCGCUCAAACUCUCUCUCAAUCUUAACACCAAGCUUUGUCCUGAUCUUUUGAGAAAGAUCAUCGAAAGCUUGAGCUCUCUUGAUUUUUACCGAUCAAAAAUUGUUUGCUCAGAUUGGUAUUCCGUUUGGAAAACAUGCGUAACGCGGCCUCUGCGUCCAUGGCGGAUCAUAUAUGAAGAAAAGUAUACUUAUUGUCCUUCUAUGAUGUUGUUCGAUCCCGACGAAGAAAAGAUUUAUAGGGAACUCGCAGGAGUUUCCGACAAGAGCUAUUGUUUGGCUAGCUCUGGAAACUGGCUCUUGAUGGCAGAUUCUCGUCUUGAUUUCUAUAUUGUUAACUUGUUAACGGGCAAAAGGAUCAAUCUUCCACCAAUGGAGUCUAAGAUUCGUGGUGCACAAGUGAGAUUUGAGCAAAGCAGGGAAUGCAGCCAUUGGGGAUACCUUCUCAUCGACCAACGGUGUAUGUUUAUAGUGGAGAAAGAAAUAUUCCAAUACAAAAGAUCAGCUGUUCUGUGGAUAAACGAGAGGACAGGGGAUUAUUUCGUUGCUUGGAUUUUUAAUAAGCAUUAUUUGUUCACACACAAGAAAGGAGAUGACUCGUGGUGUUGGCAUAGGAAGUGGACUAAAGCUGGUUAUUUGGAUUUGGCUUAUAAGAACAACAAGCUUUAUAUCUGUACUACCGAUAACUACAUCAAGAUUUUUGAUUUCUCUGGAGAUUUCCCUAAAGAAGAAAUAAAAAAUAACCCGUAUCGAAAUCGUUCUUUUAACUACAAUCGGGGAGUAGGGGAAAUCAUUUGGGAGAGGAGAAUAGCGAUUCAGAAAUCGGGAGAGGUUUUGAUCAUCUUGAGAGUUAAAGCAGGAGAUCAUUCAUGUUCGUUUUGGAUCUUUAAAAUGAAUCCUGAGAGUAGAAAAUGGGAAAGAGUAGAUUCUAUUGGAGAUGAUGAGAUGAUUAUCUUCGGUCAUGGUGCUACAAUAAGAGCACCGGUUCAAGAUGUUGGUGAUGGAGUCAAGAGUGGUUCAAUCUGGUUCGUUAAAUUUGACCAUCGACCAUUUCGUGGUGUCUUCGAUCUUGCCACAGGUAAAAUUACAACGCCUAAAUUUUGUGGUUAUCAGAGAUAUAGUCGUUGGUUUUUUUCCAGGAUUUGCUUAGUCUUUUGUUUGAGUAGGUUUCUUCUCUUGCUAUUAUAUUUUAUUUUUAAUUUGAUUUGAAGUGAAAUGUUUUAAGGGUAAACAUAACUCCGAGUACAAUAUUAUGUCAGCCGUUGACGAUC